AUGGAGUUUCCUCCUCAUUUCAUCAAGCUGAUCAAGGAAUGCAUCACAACACCAAGUUUCUCAGUCUCAAUCAAUGGUGAAUCCUGUGGUUACUUUAAGGGAGCUAAAGGAUUAAGACAGGGGGAUUCUAUAUCGCCUUAUCUAUUUACUUUGGCCAUGGAGGUUCUCUCUCAAAUGCUAAAUCAAAGGUAUAACAGAGGGUACAUUGGACACCACCCAGAAGCAGAGAAUCCUCAGGUAACACAUUUAGCUUUUGCUGAUGAUAUUAUGGUCUUCUUUGAUGGGCGAAGCGGUUCUCUUGACAAUAUCGCCAAGGUCCUUGACGAGUUCUCUGAGAUGUCGGGUCUUCACAUCAACAAAGACAAGACUGAAUUGUUCACUGCGGGAGUGAACCAACUUGAAACCGAUAGGAUUGUCUCUUUCGGUUUCAAGAUAGGUUCAUUACCCAUACGAUACCUGGGUCUCCCUCUCAUGCAUAGAAAGCUCAGGAUUGCAGAGUACAAACCUCUAAUAGACAAGUUAACAACAAGAUUCUCUAAUUGGUCUGCUCGAGCUCUCUCUUACGCAGGAAGAAAGGAGGUAAUCACUUCUGUAAUAUAUGGUUCCAUCAACUUCUGGGCUUCUGCUUUUAUACUACCAAAGGGAUGUUUGCAGAAUAUUGAGCAACUUUGUGCCAGGUUUUUGUGGUCAGGGGAUAUAACAAAUCCAGCACACGCAGAAGUGGCUUGGAAAACAUUGUGUCUGCCCAAAGAAGAAGGGGGAUUGGGAUUUAGACAGGAUGACUCCUUAUGGGCAAAAUGGAUGAGAAAUAACAAAAUAAAAGACGAAGUCUUCUGGACAAUUGAUGAGAAGAAACACCACUCUUGGACAUGGAAAGCUCUGUUGCAUCUCCGACCUCUUACCAAUCUUGUCAUCAAGUGUGAUGUGGGUAAUGGUGAAUUGGUGAGCUUCUGGUUUGAUAAGUGGACCCCCUUAGGUCAACUCAUUCACUUUCUGGGUCCCUCGGGCCCCGCCCUUACAGGAAUCCCUCUGCAGAGUAGUGUGGCUCGAGUUUGUUCCUCAAAUGGUUGGCUCCUGCAUCCAGCAAGAUCACCACAAGUCGAACAACUUCACAUCCUUCUCACAACUAUUCAACCACCAUCCCAGUCCUCUGAUCAGGACAUUUUCCUUUGGAGUACAAAUGGGGAAGAUUCAAACACUUUCAGCACAAAGAAAACAUGGGAAGCCUUAAGGGAGAGACAAGACCCGCAAACUUGGAUAAAGCAUGUAUGGUACAAGGGUGCUGGUCCAAGACAUGUGUUCAUGAUGUGGCUCACACUCCUAAAUCGCCUUCCCACACGAUCUAGGCUUGCAACUUGGGGUAUGCAAAUUGAUCCUGCUUGCUGCAAUUGCGGACUCUACCCUGAAACUCGAGAUCAUAUCUUUCUGAAUUGUGCAUUCAGUGAAGAGGUUGGCUGCAGACGACAAGGUGACUAA